AUGCUUAUUCUUGCAAAUAUUACCAAAGCAGCCAUUGGUGCACUGAAAGAGUACAUCACAUUUAUGGGUGCAAUGACCACAACUGAAGCAAUGAACAUUUUGAACAUUCCAGUCGAACAAGAACUGUCCCACAGCAUAAUUAAACAGAAUGCAGAAAGACUAACAAAAAAGAAUAAAAAUGCAUUGCCAGCUUCUCUCUAUAUACUAAAGAAAAUAAAAAGUGCAGAGGCAGUUCUUCUCAGAGAGAUAGAAUAA